UUAGCUUGGGUGAACGGCAUGUGUCGCAGUGAAUACUCGUGUUCUAUCAGCGAGGGUGGAACAUUUGAAGCUGGCUUUGUGAUUGCUCACGAAAUGGGACACAGUCUGGGUGUUCAACAUGAUGGCGACGGCAAUUCGUGUAAUAAAGACCAGUACCUAAUGUCACCCAAAACUGGAGCUGGAAAGGUGAAGUGGUCGACGUGUAGUAACACUUACAUGAAGACGUUCCUAGGGCAAGGCUGGGGAAACUGCCUCAAGGACGAUUCCUCUCCACCUUCUGCAGGCCUUAGUCACGAAGCUAAUGGCCUACCUGGCCAACAGUAUUCUUUGACACGACAGUGCCAGUUAGCCCUUGGGUCUGACCAUACAGUCUACCAGACCUCUGAAGCCCCGUUUAACGAAAAGGUAAAACUUCGAGUCAUUGUUGAAAUUUUAAACAUUAAUGCGUACACCAUCAAUUACUGA